UUUCCGGUUCCGGCUGCCGGCCGGAGACGACAUGGCGGCGUCAGCUUCGACAGCUGCUGGAGAAGAGGAUUGGGUCCUGCCCUCUGAAGUCGAAGUGUUAGAAUCAAUCUAUCUGGAUGAACUACAAGUAAUUAAAGGAAGCAGCAGAUCUUCACCGUGGGAGAUCCUUAUCACGCUGCACCCCGCCACCGCAGAGGACCAGGGCUCACAGUAUGUCUGCUUCACACUGGUGCUACAGGUCCCAGCACAGUAUCCCUAUGAAGUGCCACAGAUCUCCAUUCGUAACCCCCGAGGGCUCUCGGAUGAACAGAUCCACAAGAUCUCCCAGGCAUUGGGCCACGUGGCCAAGGCUGGGCUAGGCACGGCUAUGCUUUAUGAGCUCAUUGAGAAAGGGAAGGACAUUCUCACAGAUAACAACAUCCCGCAUGGCCAGUGCGUCAUCUGCCUCUAUGGUUUCCAGGAGAAGGAGGCCUUCACCAAGACAGCCUGUUACCACUACUUCCACUGCCACUGCCUCGCCCGCUACAUCCAGCACAUGGAACAAGAGCUGAAGACGCAAGGCCAGGAGCAGGAACGGCAGCAUGCUGUGGCCAAGCAGAAGGCAGUCGGUGUGCAGUGUCCGGUGUGCAGAGAGCCCCUUGUGUAUGACCUUGCCACUCUUCAAGCAGCUCCUGAGCCCCAACAGCCCAUGGAGUUGUACCAGCCCAGUACAGAGAGCUUACGGCAGCAGGAAGAGCUCAAACGCCUCUAUCAGAGGCAGCAGGAGCGGGGUGGCAUCAUUGACCUUGAGGCCGAGCGGAACCGCUACUUCAUCAGCCUUCAGCAGCCUCCUGCCCCCUUGGAACCAGAGUCAGCUGAAGAAGUCUCUGGAGGAUCCCACCCAACUGGUGCCCUAGCCACAGAACAGCCUGCCUCACCAGCUGCCCCGCCCCUCUUGCCAGUGGCCACACAGUAUGUGUGUGAGAAGAUUCCAGGGGCCAAGCCAAACCAGAGGUUGGGUGAGACGCAGAAAGCCAUGCUAGAUGUUUCCCGGCCCAGUCGAGGCCCCUGGCGACAGCAGGAUCAGAAACACCUGAAGGGAGGGGAGUGCUGCGUCCCCAAAGGUACCAAAGACACACAGGAACUAUCACUUCCUGAAGGGUCCCUCAAGGAACCCAUGGACCUAAAGCCAGAACCCCAUAGCCAAGGGGUUCAAGGUCCUCCCCAGGAGAAGGGGCCUGGCAGCUGGCAGGGUGCUACGUCCCGCAGGACUCGGGACUGUGCCCGCUGUGAGCGCUCCAAAGGCCGGACACCAAGCUCUUCCUACCCCCGCCCACCGCGGGGCCGAGGCGCACACCGCACUGGUUCUCGAAGGGAACCCGUGAGCCUGGAAUCUGAGCAUGGUUCCUAGCAGUACUGGAAGGGGACAGGGACUUGGGGACGGGAGGGACACAAUAAAGAGAUUGGGCCUUGUUUGGCUUUCUUUGCUCA